AUGGCAACAGCAGAAAAUAUUUUUGGCGACGUUGAAGAUGAUGAUGACACAAACGAUUCCCGUUAUUUUGAUAUUCCUUAUGCUGACACUGAAGAUAAAUCGUAUUUCUCAUCAAUUCUCAAUUCACCUUUGUUAAUAAUCGAAGAAACUAUCAAACCAUUCGAACAUCUAGUUGAUGACGUUGCUACUAAACUCUACCUAAUUAAACAACAAUUAAUCGUCAAUGAUCUCUAUGAAUUAACCUUAGAUGAAUUAUCCGCGAUUCACUUAUACAUUUGGGAACGAUCACCAUUCACAACAAGCAUUUCUUAUCUUAUUAAUGAAACAAUUCGCCGUGGAUUUACCGACGAAUUUCGCACGUGGACUCCAUAUUUAAACUUAUUAUUCACAUCUCUGAAUAAACUAUUGCCAAUAGAACCUCAUUCGAUCGUAUACAGCGGUGUUCGUUCAUGUAAUUUAUCUUCUCAAUACAAAGAUAAUGAAAUCUAUACAUGGUGGACAUUCACUACUUGUUUACGAUCGAUCGAUCAAAUAAAACUACCUCACUACUUAGGCAAAUCUGGUCUACGUACUUUAUUCAAGAUCGAAUGUUACAGCGGAAAACAAGUUCCAUUCUCUGAUGAAGAUGAAGUAAUAUUAAUGCCGGGUUUUCAUUUUCAAGUGAUCGGACAACUUCCUCUGUUAGAUGAUUUAACUACGAUCUUCAUCCGAGAGAUUCCACCAUCUUCAAAUGAAAUUUUUCAACCUAUAUCAUCGAAUAUGACGCAAAGUGAAUCGAGAGAACAAGUUUUGUCAUCAGUGAAGAAAAUCAAAUCACGAAAAACUUUUAAACAUGCCGCCAAUCGAAUUAGAAAAAUGUCGAAAGCAAUACAUUUCUGUUCGAAUCAUAUUCUUGAUUUGUCCGGAAGAAAAUGCUCGAUGGAUUUCUUCAAAUUUAAUUUAAACGAACGUUUGACCGAAGAUGUAACAAUUCUGAAUUUAUCGAAAACGAGUUUAACAAAAGAAAAAAUCAAAAUCAUUGCUCAAGUUUUACAAGCAAAUUCCACUCUUAUCGAACUCAAUUUAAGUUACAAUUCAAUUGGAAACUUCGGUUGUUCACUUCUUACUCAUCCAUUACAGAAAAAUCGCAAGUUAAUCACCUUAAACUUAUACAAUACCAAACUCUCUUCAGAUGCUGCACAAGACUUAUCGAAAAUCUUAAUGUUUAAUCAUCAUUUACAAUCACUACAUUUGGGUGUCAACGCACUGAGUAAUUUAGGAAUGAAAUAUCUACUCAACGAUCAAAUUCAACUACAAUAUUUGAAUAUAUGUUGCAAUCGAAUUAAUCAACAUGGUUGUAUUCAUUUAGCACAAUUCUUAGAACACAACCGAACAUUGAAGCAAUUGGAUAUAGGAGGAAAUCCAAUUGAAGAUAACGGAAUGAAAAUAAUCUUCAAUGGUCUAAUUAAUAACGAAACAUUGAUUGAUUUACGAAUGUGGCAUUGUCAAAUAACUGAUUUUCAAAUAAUAUACAAUUUAUUCGAGACACAUUCAACAUUGAAACAAUUGGAUUUCGAAGGAAAUCAAAUAACUGAUGUGCAUACUCAAUUAUUAAUAUCAUUCUUAGAGAAUAACAAAACGUUAGAGAGAAUCAAUUUGUCUCACAAUAGAAUAUCAGACAAAGUCAAAGAAACACUUCAAUUGACAAACAAUAUUUCACUAGUAAUUUGA